GUCACUUCCGGGAUCCCAGGGCCGAAGACCGCAGCGACUUCGGACCCGAGACCCUGCGACCGGGACCAUGCUGCUACUCCAAGUUGCCUGGAGACGGGCGGCCGCUGUCGUGACAGCCGCUCCCAUACCAAGGCCCGGGGCGCCCAAUCGGGGGCUGCGCCUGCGCGUUGUAGACCAAGCUCCGCGGUCUGCUGUUCCCUCAGAUACAGCCGCUGCUCCAGAGGUGGAGUCAGUGCUGCGACCUCUCUAUAUGGAUGUACAAGCUACUACUCCUCUGGACCCACGGGUGCUUGAUGCCAUGCUCCCUUACCUUAUCAACUACUAUGGGAACCCACAUUCCCGAACACAUGCUUAUGGCUGGGAGAGUGAGGCAGCCAUGGAACAUGCUCGCCAGCAAGUAGCAGCUUUGAUUGGGGCUGACCCUCGUGAGAUCAUUUUCACUAGUGGUGCUACUGAAUCCAACAACAUAGCAAUUAAGGGGGUGGCCAGGUUCUAUAGGUCACGGAAAAAGCACGUGAUCACCACCCAGACUGAACACAAAUGUGUCUUGGACUCCUGCCGUUCACUGGAAGCUGAGGGCUUUCAGGUCACCUACCUACCAGUACAGAAGAGCGGGAUCAUCGACCUGAAGGAACUAGAGGCUGCUAUCCAGCCAGAUACCAGCCUGGUCUCAGUUAUGACCGUGAACAAUGAGAUUGGAGUGAAGCAACCCAUUGCUGAAAUAGGGAAGAUUUGCAGUUCCAGAAAGGUUUAUUUCCAUACUGAUGCAGCCCAGGCUGUUGGAAAAAUCCCACUUGAUGUCAACGACAUGAAAAUUGAUCUCAUGAGCAUCAGUGGUCACAAAAUAUAUGGUCCAAAAGGGGUUGGUGCCAUCUACAUCCGCCGCCGGCCCCGUGUGCGUGUGGAGGCCCUGCAGAGUGGAGGGGGCCAGGAGCGGGGUAUGCGGUCUGGGACAGUGCCCACACCCUUGGUGGUGGGGCUGGGUGCUGCAUGUGAGGUGGCACAGCAAGAGAUGGAGUAUGACCACAAGCGGAUCUCAAAACUAGCAGAGCGACUUACACAGAAGAUAAUGAAGAGCCUUCCAGAUGUGGUGAUGAAUGGGGAUCCUGAGCACCAUUAUCCAGGCUGUAUCAACCUCUCCUUUGCAUAUGUGGAAGGGGAGAGUUUGCUAAUGGCACUCAAGGAUGUUGCCUUAUCCUCAGGGAGUGCCUGUACCUCUGCCUCUCUGGAGCCCUCUUAUGUUCUUAGAGCAAUUGGCACUGAUGAGGAUUUAGCUCACUCUUCUAUCAGGUUUGGUAUUGGCCGCUUCACUACAGAGGAGGAAGUGGACUACACUGUGGAGAAGUGUAUCCAGCAUGUGAAGCGUCUUCGAGAAAUGAGCCCUCUCUGGGAGAUGGUGCAGGAUGGCAUUGACCUCAAAAGCAUCAAGUGGACCCAACACUAGAAGAGUGGGCACCUGACUUUGUGUACUGGCCUGGCCCCUCCUGCCUCUUGGACCCACGCACAGCCAGGCACCUUGUUACACCCAGUGGAUGCUCCAUGUUCACACCAGAAUUGCUAUAGCUCAGUUGACUUCAGCAUCAGCCCAUCUCCAAGACAGAGUCAUAAGAAAACUAUCUUUCCCUAGCCUCAGCUCCUCUGGUGGGGAACAUUCCUCUUUCUCUCCAGGAGUCUUCUGGUCUGGGUGGACAUUCUCAUCCUACAGCAGUAGGGAUAUUUGGUAUGCUGUUGCUGCUGGACAUGUCUGUGUCCUUGGUGGGGAGAAAGCCAGAGGAACAUUCAGGGGCCCCAAAGCUCUAGGUGGACAUUUGAGUCAUCAUUUUCUGCUGCUCAGCUGGACUGGCUCCUUCAGGAACGAGCGUGAUCAACUUAGAUUUAAUUUUUUGUGUGGCUCCAAAGGUCGCCUCUUCACAUUGAUUAUAGAUCAAACAGUGAGUUACUUAGAA